AGAAACCGCAACCGCCCGCAUCCACAAACUUCCGCAACCGCAACCGCAACCACAACCGCUGCGUUUAAACCAGUCAGGCCCUUAAUCGUUUUCUGUCUCAAUUUUUCAAUCCCCGACUUCGAUGCUAGAUUAGGGUCCAAUACAUUCGUAUCAUAAUUAAUUAUGCAAAAUAAACACUAAAAAGUAAAAAGAGAAACUAGAAAAAUGGGUUGUGCGAGAGGAAGAAUAUUAUUUUCCUGAAAUAAUUAUCUAGUAUUUAUGUCAAAUUCAAAAAAGUAUAGUAAGUAUGAAAAGAUUGUAUUAUAGAUUUUUAAAUUAGUUGGAUUUAUAGAAUAAAUUUAAGGGUUUUUGAUUAAUACUGGUUAUUAAUUAGUUAUAGUUUAGUUGUGUGCACAAUUUAUUUUUACUAGAAAAUUAUUUUUAUUUAUUCCAAAUCGUAUUUUUAAAUAUAUUUUCAUACAUAUGUGACUAAUAUAGGAAAUAUAAAUUUAAAUACAAAAUUUUAUUUUAAAUUGAUGUGAAAAUUGUCACAUUUUCAGCUAUAUCAUUUUUAAAAAAAGAAUUAAAGUUUAUUGACAUAUAUUGGUAAUGGUAUUAGUAUAUUUGUUAACUUAUAUGUAAAUUUAUGUAGUUGAAAUUUUAUAUCAUUUUAACUUAAAGUCAUAUCAUAAUUACAUAAGAUUUAUUUCUCAUUUUAUUUGUUUUGUUAGAAUGAUUGUGAUAUGAUGAUACUUAAAACAAUCAUUUGGUAAAUAAUCCUUAAUAUAUAUAACUAAAUCUAGAGCAUACAAUUAUAAAGAAAGAAAUCCAGAAAAUUGAAAUAUAGAAGAAUAAAGAAAACACCAAAACCCCAAAAAUGUAAAAUAUAUAUGAAAUAUCCCCGAUAAACCGGUUAUCGAAUCGAACCGGAUAAACAAGCAACCCGACUCUCCCUCUAAGAUCUUUUAUAAACCUCUCAAAACACACAAGACGCUCUUAUUCUCAACAAACAAAAUUAUUUUUAUUUAUUCCAAAUCGUAUUUUUAAAAUAUAUUUUCAUACAUAUGUGACUAAUAUAGGAAAUAUAAAUUUAAAUACAAAAAAUUAUUUUAAAUUGAUGUGAAAAUUGUCACAUUUUCAGCUAUAUCAUUUAAAAAAAUUUUAAGUUUAUUGACAUAUAUUGGUAAUGGUAUUAGUAUAUUUUUUAACUUAUAUUUAAAUUUAUGUAGUUGAAAUUUUAUAUCAUUUUAACUUAAAGUCAUGUCAUAAUUACAUAAGAUUUAUUUCUCAUUUUAUUUUUGUUUUGUUAGAAUGAUUGUGAUGAUGAUACUUAAAACAAUCAUUUGGUAAAUAAUCCUUAAUAUAUAUAACUAAAUCUAGAGCAUACAAUUAUAAAGAAAGAAAUCCAGAAAAUUGAAAUAUAGAAGAAUAAAGAAAACAACAAAACCCCAAAAAUGUAAAUUAUAUAUGAAAUAUCUCUGAUAAACCGGUUAUCGAAUCGAACCGGAUAAACAAGCAAGCCAACUCUCCCUCUAAAAUAUCUUAUAAACCUCUCAAAACACACAAGACGCUCUUAUUCUCAACGUCUCCUCCCUGGCUCUCUAUCUCUCUCUGCUCUCUUCUUAGGAGAUCAAAGAUGGACUACAAACAGAACCAAACUUACAUUGAUGCCGACGAUAAGGAGAUUACACAAGAGGACGACGAUGAGGAGAUUACACAGGAGGACGCAUGGACCGUCAUCUCAGCCUACUUCGAAGAAAAAGGUCUCGUUCGUCAGCAGCUCGAUUCUUUCGAUGAGUUUAUUCAGAACACUAUGCAAGAAAUCGUCGACGAGUCGUCUGAUGUUGAGAUCCGAGCCGAGUCCCAGCACAAUCCUGGCCACCAACCUGAUUUCGCCGAGAGAAACUACAAUAUUAGUUUUGGACAGAUUUAUCUGAGUAAGCCCACGAUAACGGAGUCUGAUGGAGAGACUGCCACCUUGUUCCCCAAGGCUGCAAGGUUGAGAAACCUCACCUACUCGGCUCCUUUGUAUGUCGACGUUUGCAAGACCGUUAUUAUGAAAGGGCAUGAUGGGGAGGAAAUUACGGAGACACAGGAUUUUACCAAAGUUUUCAUCGGAAAGGUUCCCAUCAUGCUUCGGUCUACUUACUGUACCUUGCAUCAGAAUUCGGAGAAGGAUUUGACAGAGCUUGGAGAAUGUCCGUUUGAUCAGGGCGGAUACUUCAUUAUUAAUGGCAGUGAAAAGGUUCUGAUUGCUCAAGAGAAGAUGAGUUCGAACCAUGUUUAUGUGUUCAAGAAGAGACAGCCGAAUAAGUAUUUGUAUGUCGCUGAAGUCCGUUCCAUGGCGGAAGACCAAAAUAAACCUCCGAGCACAAUGUUUGUGCGUAUGCUCUCUGGCUCGAAAGGGGGUUCAUCUGGACAGUUUAUUCGAUGUACUCUUCCAUAUAUCAAGAAAGAAAUUCCUAUUAUCAUAGUAUUUCGUGCAUUGGGAUUUGUUGCCGAUAAGGACAUAUUGGAACGUAUAUGCUAUGAGUUUGGAGAUACUCAGAUGAUGGAGUUGCUCAGGCCUUCCUUGGAAGAAGCUUUUGUGAUUCAAAGUCAGCAGGUUGCCCUUGACUAUAUUGGAAAACGUGGUGCGCCUGUUGGUACAUCCAAGGAAAAGAGAAUAAAGUAUGCGAGAGAUAUCCUUCAGAAAGAAAUGUUUCCUCAUAUAGGAGUCGGGGAGUUUGAGACGCCGAAAGCUUACUACUUCGGGUACGUAUUCAGCUCACUCGUGUUCUUUGAGUUUCAUAGUGCUUUGUGUUUCUCAUAUUAUGCAAUAACCCUCAGGCUUAUCAUACACCGGCUGCUGCGUUGUGCACUUGGCCGAAAUCCAGAAGAUGAUAGGGAUCAUUAUGGUAACAGAAGGCUGGAUCUUGCUGGUCCUUUACUUGGAGGGCUGUUUAGAAUGCUUUUCAGAAAGCUAACGAGGGACGUGAGAUCUUAUGUUCAGAAGUGCGUUGACAAUGGCAAAGAAGUCAAUCUUCACUUUGCCAUUAAGGCUAAAACAAUUACCUCUGGCUUGAAAUAUGCUCUUGCUACUGGGAACUGGGGCCAGGCAAACGCUGCUGGCACAAGAGCUGGAGUCUCUCAGGUUCUAAAUCGGUUAACAUAUGCCUCCACUUUGUCACAUCUGAGGCGUCUCAAUUCUCCUAUUGGGCGUGAAGGAAAAUUGGCAAAACCAAGACAACUGCACAACUCACAAUGGGGUAUGAUGUGCCCUGCUGAAACACCUGAAGGACAGGCUUGUGGUCUAGUGAAAAACUUGGCGCUCAUGGUCUACGUUACAGUUGGGUCAGCUGCUUAUCCCAUCUUGAUAUUUUUGGAAGAAUGGGGACUUGAGACUCUCGAGGAAAUAUCCCCAGCAGAUAUACCCCAAGCUACAAAAAUCUUUGUCAAUGGAAAGUGGGUUGGAAUUCAUCGAAUUCCUGACAUGUUGGUUAGAACGUUGAGACUUUUGAGAAGAAGGAAUGAUAUUAACACUGAAGUCAGCGUUGUUAGAGAUAUUCGUCUGAAAGAGCUCAGGAUAUACACUGACUAUGGUCGCUGUAGUCGUCCCUUGUUUAUUGUGGAUAAUCAGAGGCUCUUAAUAAAGAAGAAAGAUAUAUACUCUCUGCAACAAAGGGUAAAGUUUAUAGUCUUUCGUUCUCAAAGUACGUUUUGUUGUAACUUCAGUGUACCAAUACUCGUUUUCAUAACGCAGGAAAGUGCAGAAGAAGAUGGUUGGCAUCAUCUACUUGUAAAGGGGUUUAUAGAAUAUGUAGACACAGAGGAAGAGGAGACUACUAUGAUAUCCAUGACUAUCAAUGAUCUGGUUCAAGCUAGGCUCCGUCCCGACGAGGCAUAUUCUGACACUUACACACAUUGUGAGAUUCACCCUUCUUUGAUAUUGGGCGUGUGUGCUUCAAUCAUACCAUUUCCCGACCAUAAUCAGUCACCCCGUAAUACAUACCAAUCUGCUAUGGGAAAGCAAGCAAUGGGAAUAUAUGUCACCAACUACCAAUUCCGCAUGGAUACCUUAGCCUAUGUUCUAUAUUACCCUCAAAAGCCGCUGGUCACCACAAGAGCUAUGGAGCAUCUUCACUUUAGGCAACUUCCAGCAGGAAUUAAUGCUAUUGUUGCCAUUUCUUGCUAUUCUGGAUAUAAUCAAGAAGAUUCUGUCAUUAUGAACCAGUCUUCAAUAGAUCGUGGUUUCUUUCGAUCCUUGUUCUUCCGGUCUUACAGAGACGAGGAGAGAAAAAUGGGAACCCUUAUCAAAGAAAACUUUGGGCGCCCAGACAGAGGAAACACACUGGGUAUGCGACAUGGUUCUUAUGAGAAACUGGAUGAUGAUGGUCUCGCACCUCCUGGUACUAGAGUUUCAGGUGAAGAUGUAAUCAUUGGGAAAACCACUCCAAUAUCUCAAGACGAGGCUCAAGGAAAAACAUCACGAUACACCAGACGUGAUCACAGUUUAAGCUUGCGUCAUAGUGAAUCUGGCAUGGUGGAUCAGGUGUUAUUGACCACAAAUGCAGAUGGUUUGAAGUUCGUGAAAGUGAGGGUUAGGUCCGUUCGUAUUCCUCAAAUUGGAGACAAAUUCAGCAGUAGACAUGGUCAGAAGGGAACUGUUGGCAUGACAUACACACAAGACGACAUGCCUUGGACGAUUGAAGGCGUUACUCCUGAUAUAAUCGUGAAUCCACACGCUAUCCCGUCUCGGAUGACAAUUGGACAGCUCAUUGAGUGCAUCAUGGGAAAAGUGGCAGCUCAGAUGGGUAAAGAAGGAGACGCCACUCCCUUUACAGAUGUCACGGUGGACAACAUAAGCAAAGCUCUCCAUGAAUGUGGGUACCAAAUGCGUGGAUUUGAGAGAAUGUACAAUGGUCACACAGGCAGACCACUCCCAGCGAUGAUAUUCAUUGGACCAACCUAUUACCAAAGGUUGAAGCAUAUGGUUGAUGACAAGAUCCACUCUCGUGGACGAGGUCCUGUGCAAAUCUUAACAAGACAACCGGCUGAAGGACGAUCCCGUGACGGUGGACUGCGUUUUGGAGAAAUGGAGCGAGACUGCAUGAUUGCUCAUGGUGCUGCUAGCUUUUUGAAAGAGAGGCUGUUUGAUCAGAGCGAUGCGUAUAGGGUACAUGUGUGUGAAACCUGUGGGCUCAUCGCCAUUGCAAACCUGAAGAAUAAUACUUUUGAAUGCAAAGGUUGCAAGAACACAACAGAUAUUGUUCAGGUUCACAUACCAUAUGCUUGCAAAUUACUGUUUCAAGAGCUUAUGUCAAUGGCGAUUGCGCCACGGAUGCUUACUAAAGACCUGAAAUCAGCUAAAGGCAGGAAGUGAGGAGAUUUCUUGUACUCUUUGGCUCUCGUAUCUUUGUGAUAAAACUACAAUUCAAACUUGUGUAUCGUUUAUUUGGUAUUAAUUCUGAACUAGAAACUAGAAACUAUUGAGGUAUAUUUCUAGAGAGGUAUAUGUUUACCAAAAAAAAAACUAGAGACGUAUAUGAUAAUACUUUAGAAGUUAUUAUUAUAUUAACUUGUCAGUGAAUCCGUGACUUGACCA